UUUAAUGUUUAUUUGUUCACAACUGUCAAUGUGUUUUGUUUUGCUAGUUUUAGGAGUACUAUCAGUUUGAUUACGUUUGGUUUGUUUCGUAAUAAUAAUGGAGCUUAUACGGUGAAAUUACGGUGAGGGUAAACAUGAAUUAUUAAAAGGAUUUUGUCAGUGAUGAUUUACAAAAUAAGUGCAAGGCAAGAAGUACUAGUGCUUGAAAAUUGUAAACGUUUAUAUAAGAAUGAAUAAAAAUUCAUUUGAUGAUGACUUUAAUCGUAGCUGGCCAGGUCUUAAUACAUCAAAAACUAAAGGUGCCUACCCAAAACGACAAACUAAAGUAUCAAAUUCAUCCAUAAAAUCUGAGGGAAGAAAUACAAAAACUGCAUCAAAACAAUGUAUAAAUACUACUUUAACCAAUAAAAAAUCUGGCCUAAAUAACCCAUGUAGUAGUGAUAAUCAAAGAGAAUUGCCACCUACAAUGAAAGACCAACCUCCAAAAGACCUUGGAUCAUGUUCCAGUACAAACAAUCUGAACAUGGCACCUACAAAAUCUAAUGUUGUCGUUGAUAUAUGUGGAUAUUGGAACAGGAUCGAGGAGUUCAAUAAACAUUAUUAUCAGAAUUGCCAUAAUCUUCCAGAAAACAAAGAUUUAAACUUUUAUAGCUUUUUAACAGAUUCAAGACCACUGCAAGAAACAGAUACAACAGUCUCUGAAACAAAGGAACCCCUGACUAGAGAAGAGCUUGUUUUGCAAAGAAGGUUGAAAGUAGCAGCGAGACGCCAAAUGUUAAAACAAGAGAAGCGACAACUAAAAGCAAUUGUCAGUGGUGUUCAAGUGGCUAAACCUGAUUUUUCUUUGGAGCAGGCAGCAGAAGACUUUCCAGCACUUAGUUCUGGAAAGAAGAUAAAGAAAGUGAAGAAGAUUCCCAAUGAACCUGUGAAAAAUGAAAUUGAAAACCAAACAUUGGAAGAAUUCACAUCUCCUACUAAAAUUAAUGAGAAAUCUUGGAAACCAAAAAUCAAAGAUCCGAUAAAUAUCAACAUAAGUCAAGCGUUACAGACCAUAAAACCUGAGAAACCAAAACAAGUGGUGAAGAAAGUUGACCCCUCGACUCAACGGAGUGUUCUGGGUGGCAAUAUACUGGAUUCUGAUAACCCUCAAAGAAAUAAAGGAAAAGUUAGACCAGACAAAGAGCGGAAACCAACAAAAUUGAAAAGUUUAAUUCUUUCUGAAAGGAAGGAAAGGCGGAAAAGAAUUACGGGAGAAGAUGGUGAUGAAAGUGAAGAACCAACUUUACCAAAACAAGUAACUCAACCUACUCUGAUACAGGCAUCUGAUUUUACUAAAGAUAUUAGUGAUGGAAUAUUAGAAGCCAAGUGCGCACUUUGCGAAACUGGCUUGGAUAAUAAUCCUGUAGUUAAACUGGAAAGUGUGGAUAAUGAGUCAAAUGUAAUUCCAAAAGCUUUGGAAGGCAUUCAUUCAAGGAAAUUCAGGGAAUACUGUACCAACUGCCUAAGUGAGGAGUUGACAGCAAACGUCUGUGCUUUGCUGGAGAAAGUGGCUCAAUUCCAGGACCGUACUUUUGCUCAAAACCCAAUCAAGGCCAACGCCAAAAGGCGUUACGUUGCUGGUAUCAAUCAGACCAACAAGUACCUUCUAGUGAAGAAGGUGAGACUUCUAGUGAUUGCACCUGACCUGGAGAAAAAUCCUGGUAAAGGUGGACUGGAUGAGAGGAUAAAUAAUUUUGUCAAAGAAGCUGAGAAUCAAGGAGUCCCUUGUGUCUUUGGACCGAACAGAAAGAGGCUUGGAAAAGCUGUUUUCAAGAAUUCCUUGGUCAGCUGUGUAGCAGUCCUCAGCUACGAUGGGGCACAGGAAUUAUUUUUCGAAAUUCAGAAAGGCUUGAUUGAAGCGAGGUUAAAAUACCGGAUCUUAAUCAGUAAUUCUGGAGAUUCUGCAGCCAAAAUAGAAGAAGUAUAUGAUCCCCUAGUGGUAAAAGAAAAGUGUUCAACAGACGAAGUAACAUCAAGUCUGCUGGCCACUCUGAGGAAAGAACUAGUGUCCCCUGCUGACAAACUGCUCAAGGCAAUAGAAACCACAUCCUGGUGAUAAGAAAACUCAUGAAUACCAGAGGCAUCUUCAUUGAUGCAUUGUAACCUUAUAUAUCCGUUGUUGUAAUAGGCCAAGUGUACUUAACUACCAUUGUGUAGGUAAUCGUUUAACAACAUAGUGUGUAUCAAUGACCACUUGUAAGAAUUGUAACAUAUUAUUUCCACAGAUUGGUGGUAAAUUUUCCAGAGUUGAGUGCUGAGUUCGGCAAUCUUUGAGGCACUCAUAAACUGGUUUAUCACCUGUUUCAUUAACGAUAAAUAAAGAAAAUUGCUAAAAUAUUAGGACCAAAUUAAAGAAAAUCCAGAUAAUCUACAGAACCAUCUGGAGAAUUGUCUGGAGGUUUGACCUUUACUCCCCGCUGAUCCUGCCAUUGGCCAACAGUACCAGACAAAAUGAGACUUUCAGGGUCAUGUCAAACCUGUCUUGUGACCCAUGCAAACAAAACUUGAACACUGAGUUCUUAUCCAAUCUGAGUAAGAGAACCAAUCAGAUCCUCGUACAGAGCUCAAAUGCCGUUUUUACAUUGCACACCAAUUUCCUAUAGUCUUCACUGAAUAAUUUAACCUGUUGAAAGUGUUUCAUAUGCCAGUACAUGGGAUUACUGGAUCACACAACUCGGGUUAAGAACAAAAGUGUGUCAAAUAACUUUUGUUAUUUGACUUUGAAAAGCCAUUUUAUUAAUAUUAAAGAAAAUGACACAUUUUUUCAUUUUCUUCUUAUCUAUUCAAACCUAUGUGCUAAAUUUGAUUCCCUUAGCUAAACUAGUUUUAGAGAUAGUAAUUUUUGUAUAAACAAUACAAAAAGGGAGCUAGUGGCUAAACAAGACAUUUCUCGACCUAUGUUUACAUGACAUUUUUUGUUUAAAAUGAUAAGUACUAUCAGCCACAGAAGUUUGUGACACCCUUUCCCUGUAUACAGGAUAUAGGAAAGUAUAUAUAGGAAGCUUUUCUCUUGUUCAUUUAAAGAAUAUAUUUAUUUGUUUUUGUAUAUAUAUGUUGAAAGUGGACCAAAACAAAAUAGUUGGUAUGUAUAUAAACUCAAUGUCUCAAGAAAUUAACUGGUUGAUACCAUAUGCAACAGCUAUUCAAUAAUAACAAUGUACGAUAAAUGUAUAUUUUAUUAUAACAUACAUUACGUGCAAGUAUUUUUCAAUUUGUCAAAGAAUUCUUUUAAUAAUACAAAAAUAAUUAGUUGGAGAAUAAUCAUUUGAUUCUUUA